AUGUUGGGACGUUCAACUAGAUUAAACGCUGUUCAACAAUCAGUUAGACGUUAUACCAUCAAUUCCACAAACAACUCUGAUAACGUUUCUAAAUUGUUUAUUAAAGUUUAUGCUGGUUCUCGUUAUGCUACAAAAGAUGGUGUCUCCCAUUUGUUAUCAAGAUUUAACUUCCACAACACUAACGAUAAGUCUGCUUUGAGAUUCGUAAGAGAAUCUGAAUUAUUAGGUGGUAAAUUCAAGUCUACUGUUGAUAGAGAAUAUAUCACUUUAUCUGCUACUUUCUUGAAAGAAGAUCUACCAUACUACGUCAACGCUUUAGGUAGUGUUUUAUAUAAGACUUCUUUCAGACCUCACGAAUUACCAGAAUCUGUUAUUCCUGUUGCUAAACAUGACCUAGCCGUAGCUGAAACAUCACCUAUCAAAAAGGCUGAAGAUUUGCUAUACAACAUCACUUUCAGAUCUGGCUUAGGUAACCCUGUUUUAUAUGAUAAUGUUGAAAACGUUUCUUUGGAAGAUAUUAAGUCCUUUGCUGACAAAGUCUACACCAAAGAAAAUAUUAAGAUUGUUGGUAAAGGUAUCAAUGAAGCUGACUUGAAGAAAUUCGUCAAUGACUCAUUGUUAAACUCCUUGCCAACUGGUUCCUCUUUAGUUUCUAAGGCUGAACCAAAGACUUUUGUUGAACAAGCUAGAUUCAGAAAAGAAGGUGAAUCAGUUGCAGCUAUUGCCAUUCCAGUAAAGAAGGAAAGCUUUGCCGAAUACGAAGUUUUAUCUCGUUACUUAACUUCUGAUCUAUCUAACUUAUCCACCUUUAUCGAUUCCGCUAAAUUAGAUAAAUACUCUGAUAUUGGUUUGUUCUCUUUGUACGUAAAGGGUUCUGAUGCUGAGUUAGUUUCUCAAAAUAUUAAAAAAGUUGUAUCUGAAUUAAAGAAGGACACUGAUAUUUCUGUUGCUAAAGAAUUGACUUCUCUGCAGCUAACUUUAGAAAAUGAACAAAAUGCCGAACCAGUCGAAUUGAAAUUGGAUUCUGUAAAAUCCUUUAAAUUACCAAAAUUCAGUUACGUCGCUGUCGGUGAUGUCUCCAAAUUGCCAUAUUUAGACCAAUUGUAA